UGCGAGAGACACCUGUCGUCUCUUCCAGCCCAAAGAAAGAGGUCUCUCAGCUCAGCUCACUGCCAAUUUUCCCAAAAAUAUCCAACAAAAGGGGGAAAAAAAGGAAAAAAAAAAAAGUAGAAAGAAACCAAGACAGGCAGACUUGGAAAGGAAGACUCGACAUAUUAUAAGAGAGACGGCUGUUCAAGGCAGUUAUCUUAAGGCAGUUGUCAUAUCAACACGAAUUGAGCUCUCAAAUGAAUUUCAGGAGCUUAGAGGACAUGCCACCAGGAGACGGCACCCUGGCUAAGGCACAGGCAAGUUUCACAUUGACCAGACAGCCUUCAAUAUAUUCUUUAACUUUUGAUGAGUUUCAGAACACCUGGAGUGGACUUGGAAAGGACGUCGGUUCGAUGAAUAUGGACGAACUUCUGAAAAACAUAUGGACUGCUGAAGAGUCUCAGGCGAUGACAUCUGCUGCUACUACUACUGCAGGCGGAGCUGGAGCUGGAAGUGCCUACAGUGGGAAUGGGAACCUACAGAGGCAAGGUUCGUUAACUUUACCGCGAACCAUUAGUCAGAAAACAGUUGAUGAGGUUUGGAAAAACUUGAGUGAAGAGAAUACUAGUGUUAAAGAUGGCUGCGGAGUCCAGGGAAACUUGCCUCGACGGCAACCAACGUUAGGGGAGGUGACUUUGGAGGAAUUUUUAGCUAGAGCAGGAGUGGUAAGAGAAGAACCUCAGCAUAUUGAGAGGCCAUUUAACUGUGGAUUUUAUGGUGGAUUAUCAAGAGAUGACAAUAAUGCUAGUUUGGCUCUUGGGAUGCUUAUGGGAAAUCAGAUAGCUGAGAACAAAAAUAUGGUUUCUAAUCAGAACCAAAAUGCAGUGUUUUUAGGGGCAGGAGGUGUGAGGUCUUCUCAGCAACAGCAGCAGCAGCCACUUUUUCCCAAGCCAGCUACCGUGACUUUUGCUUCAAUGAACUUAGCAAACAAUCAUCAGCUUGCUACCCCGGGAUCCGGGACUACUUUGGUUGCAGCCCCCAAACCUCCUUUACAUGAUACUUUACAGGGUGGUAGCAUCGGUGCGGUUGGUUUAGGCUCAAGAGGCGUCACUGUUGCUUCAAGAUCUCCUACCAGUACAACAUCAUCUGAUCUGAUUACAAAUAUCAACAUAGAGACACCUUCAUAUUCACCAGUUCCAUUUUCAUUUGGCCGGGGAAGACGAAGCAGCGGAACUCUGGAAAGGGUGGUCGAGAGGAGGCAACGAAGAAUGAUAAAGAACAGAGAGUCGGCUGCAAGAUCACGUGCUCGAAAGCAGGCUUACACCUUGGAACUAGAGGCAGAAGUUGCAAAACUCAAAGAAAUGAACCAAGAGUUGCAGAAGAAACAGAGAGAGAUAAUGGAAAUGCAGAAAAAUCAGAUCUUGGAGAAGAUGAAAUGUCAGUUGGGAGGUAAAAGAAUCUGCUUAAGAAGAACACUGACUGGCCCUUGGUAGAGUUACCGCGACGAACGGUCGAAUUUAGAUUAUAGUGUCUGUAACAAACACAAAAGCAGUAUGCAAAAGGCUUAGGCUGUGUGUUUCUAAUCUGAUUUCAAGCUUACAGUUAGAUUGGUAGCUGUAAAUAUGGAAGUUCGGGUUAGCGGUAUGUAGAUAGCAUAUAUCAGAAAGCAGAAUUGAGCCUUGUCAUGUAUAAAUGAACUUUUUGCUUUCUUGUGGUUGUUUUCUUGGAUCUCUGUUUCAUAAAGCUGUUUCUGAUGGUUUGCCAUCCAA